AUGCACAAGCUAGCCAAGGGCCUGAAGAAGAAGAAAAAGCAGAAGAAGGGCAAGAAGGGGGCAGAGGAGGACGAGUUCGACCCGGAGGAGCUCGAACGUUACAGGCGCGAGCGGGCGGAGGCCCAGCAGAAAGCCGAGGAUUCCGGCGAGCAGGCCAGCAACGCCAGCUCCGACGAGUGGAAGAAGUUCGAGGCGUUGACCGCCGGUGUCGACUCGAUCCUCAAGAAGACACAGGGUGAUCUCGAUCGUAUAAAGUCCACUUCCUUCUUCCAACGGAAACCGCCGCUAGAGGACGAGAAGAGAGAGAAGGAGGAGGAGGAGGAGGAGGAUCAAGAGGAUCCGAGUAAUAGAAAGUCGUCGAGAAAGUGGGUGGGCUUCGACAAGGAGGGCAAUCCGAUCGAGGAGGAGCCACCGGACUUCGAAGGGAAGAAGAGUAAGAAGAAAGAGGAGAAACCUCUGGUCAACGAGGACGGUUUCGUCGUGAUCCCCGACGACGAGGAUGAACGCGAGGACUCCGCCGAGGAGGAUAUAUUCGACACGACGUACGUCGAUGUUCUCCAGAAUAUCGACGUUCAACUAGCUUACAUACCCGACAGCCCGACCGAGGAACAGAUCGGAGACGAUCCGUUCGACACUACAAGCGCUGACAAGGUGUUGAAAACAGUCGACAAAAAGGGGAACAAGUUAGUGAGUUUAGGGAACGCGGUAGAGGUUCUGUCCGGUCGGAUUGAUUACGUCAGCUCGUGCAAGAUCACGAAGGGCAGGCGUCCUAGGCUUCAACAGGACUUACUGUUGGACGAUUUCGAGGAGCCGGAGCAACCGGCGGACGGUGGUAACGUAGUUGCAGAGCCGGUGGAGAUAGAGAAAACCUUGCUCGACGACGACAGCGAUCUUCCGGACAUUCCUGUCGAUCUCACCAAGCUUCCUCCCGUUCUGCCAAGGCCGGCCAGCCCGGCUGCGAGCCAAGAGAACGUCGCGGAGAACAAGUCGUCGGACGUGGUCGGACCUUUGGAUAUAUCCGAGUUCGAAGUGCUGAAGGAGAAGACGAUCUUGGAAGAGAUUCCCGACUUGGACGACGCGGAGUUCGACUUAGAGGCGGCGCCAGAUGAACCAGUGCGUCUCGAGGAGGCUGACGAUCCCUUCGAGUCCAAGGAACCUGUAGAGGCUGUAGACUUCCAGUCCGAGAUCAUCGAGGCGAGCUUCGAGGCGGCCACGUUCGUCGACGAGGAGGACCCGUUCGACACCACCUUCGCCGAGAACAUCCUUCCCGGUAAGACAGAGUUGAAGUUCAUCGAGAAAGAGCUAGAGGAGCUGCCGGUAUCGGAGGUGACGAUAUCGUUGACAGACCCCGCGGGAUUCAACCGAGACUACGAGACGGGAUUGCUGAAGGAAGAGCAUGGGACGAGGGUCUGCAACGGUCUGCAAGGUAAGAAGGAUCUCUUAGGAGGAUCUACCACCGAUCUCAGUCAACUCGCCGACGAGCCUAUUGCUCCGGUGGAGGACAUAAGCUACGUGGAUCCCUUCGACACCUCAGCUGUUAAGGAGAUCCCUCCUGGCAAGACGGAGUUGAAGUUCCUCGAGAAGGAGCUGCUUGGCGAACAACCAGACGUUUCUAAUUCACUGGACGACGAGGAUUUUGAUCCGAGGAAGGACGAGCAGCCGGUUGAAACGGCUGCUAUCAGCAAGGUACCGGCAAGGCCACCUCUACCAGCAACGCCUGUCAACCCAGCCUUUCAACCAGUCGAGUUCAAAGAAGAAGAAGAAGAAGAGGAAAACACCGGCGAGGCAGCCGAUCGCGGGCGAAGAUCUUCGAGGCCAGAGGUACUCGAGUUAGCACCGUCGAAGGCUGUCGCCUUCGAGUUGCCCACACCGUCCAAACGACCAGAUCUACUCGCGACCACCGACGAGGAGAAAGCUCUACCCUCGAAACCUCUCACGCCUUACUACUCCCAGAAGUCCAUCGACGAUUUGUUACCGAUACAGGAGGAGGAGGCCGAUGUCGAUCCUUUCGACACCAGUUUCGUAGCCAAGGUCGCGCCCGGCAAGACAGAGCUGAAGCUGAUCGAGUCCGAACUGUUGAAACAAGAGCCGAGGUUGCCUCACAGCCUGAGCGACCACGAGUUCGACCCACGCGCCGAAGAUCAGCUGGUGAGAAGGCAGAGCGAUUUCACGGCCAGUACGAUCCGGCCGAGCAAUCUGAAGAUCAACGAGCUUCAAGACUCCGUGUUGAAGAAGUUCGAGGAGCAGAAUAAACCGAGGUUGCAGGAGAGACAGCAGAGUCUUCUGGACGAGAAGAUCGAGGUGGACGCGAAGCCGCUGACGCCGAGGAUCGAGUCGAAGCCGAUCGAGGAGGAGGAGAUCUCCUACGCCGAUCCUUUCGACACCUCCAUCGCGACUAACAUCCUUCCUGGCAAGACAGAGUUGAAGAUACUCGAGAGCGAAUUGCAACAGAUCCAAGGCGAGAUUCCUGUUCGUCCUGUGCCCAUCGCGUUGACCGCCAUCAUCAAGACCGCCAUCAGCGUCCCCGAGGUUGAUCCUGACUUCGACCCGAGGGCAGACGAGAGGACGAACGAGUCCACGGACUUUCUCUGCAUCGACGAUCAAGAUCCUGGAGCGAAGGUACUCACGCCUUUGCAGAACGAGAAGUUCGGUCUAGCGGAGGACGUGGAUCCUUUCGACACGAGUUUCGCCACUCUGGGGCCCGGGAAGACCGAACUGAAGAUACUCGAGUCCGAAUUAAUGGAGAAAUAG